ACACCAGUGUGGCAAGCUGUCUCUCAGAUUGCAUUUGCUUUCACGGAUCUGUUUAGUACUGAAAGGGAAAGGGGGAGGGGGAAAAAAAAGGAAGACAAAAGUGCUGCACUGAAUGUGAGAUCAUGCAAAAGCUAGUGCUCUAUGCUUCUAUUUACCUGUUCAUGCUGAUUGCUGUUGAUCCGGUGGCUCUUGAUGACAGUAGUCAGCCCACAGAGAACGCUGAAAAGGACGGACUGUGCAAUGCUUGUACGUGGAGACAGAAUACAAAAUCUUCCAGAAUAGAAGCCAUAAAAAUUCAAAUCCUCAGCAAACUGCGUCUGGAACAAGCUCCUAACAUUAGCAGGGAUGUUAUUAAGCAACUUUUACCCAAGGCUCCUCCACUGCAGGAACUGAUUGAUCAGUACGAUGUGCAGAGAGAUGACAGUAGCGAUGGCUCUUUGGAAGAUGAUGACUAUCAUGCCACCACCGAAACGAUUAUCACAAUGCCUACAGAGUCUGAUUUUCUUGUACAAAUGGAGGGAAAACCAAAAUGUUGCUUCUUUAAGUUUAGCUCUAAAAUACAAUAUAACAAAGUAGUAAAGGCACAAUUGUGGAUAUACUUGAGGCAAGUCCAAAAACCUACAACGGUGUUUGUGCAGAUCCUGAGACUUAUUAAGCCCAUGAAAGAUGGCACAAGAUAUACUGGAAUUCGAUCUUUGAAACUUGACAUGAACCCAGGCACCGGUAUUUGGCAGAGUAUUGAUGUGAAGACAGUGUUGCAAAAUUGGCUCAAACAGCCUGAAUCCAAUUUAGGCAUCGAAAUAAAAGCUUUUGAUGAGAACGGACGGAAUCUUGCUGUAACUUUCCCAGGACCGGGGGAAGAUGGAUUGAACCCAUUUUUAGAGGUCAGAGUUACAGACACACCAAAACGGUCCCGCAGAGAUUUCGGUCUCGACUGCGAUGAGCACUCGACAGAAUCCCGGUGUUGCCGCUACCCGCUGACGGUGGAUUUCGAGGCUUUCGGCUGGGAUUGGAUUAUCGCUCCUAAACGAUACAAAGCCAACUACUGCUCCGGAGAAUGUGAAUUUGUGUUUUUACAAAAGUACCCCCACACCCACCUGGUGCACCAAGCCAACCCCAGGGGCUCGGCAGGCCCUUGCUGCACGCCCACCAAGAUGUCCCCCAUCAACAUGCUGUACUUCAACGGCAAAGAGCAAAUCAUCUACGGCAAGAUACCAGCCAUGGUUGUGGAUCGCUGCGGGUGCUCCUGAGAUCCUCGCCAGAUCCACUGCUUCACGCAUUGUGGAAGCUACCAAAAGAAAAAGUAAAAAAAAAAAUUUAAAAAAAAAAAAAAAAAAGGAAAAAAGGAAAAACCAGAAAAAGUUACAGCCCCUCACCAGUCUCUCAAACUGUGAGGUACACAAGGCAUUGCCGACCUCCUGCGUGCUACCAGCAGCAGUUACAGAACGUGAACUAAAGGACAAUGUACCUGAUGGCUGCUUGUGAGCCAGUAAAAGAGAAAAGCUACAAUCAAAAUCACCGGAUUUAAUCCACAAAGUUCUUGCAUUAUGAGGGAAUCAAUAUUCAGUCAUUUGGAUGCAAAUUUAUAUGCAGGUUUCAGUACACAUUGGUAAUCAAAAGCAAGCUCCUUCUCACCUGAGGACAGAAGGAGCAGGCUUUUAGGUUCCUUUCUUCACAGCUUCACUUAAUAUCAUAUUUACAGGAACAUAUAUACCGGUAACAUAUAUACCACUACACAAUACCACCAGAAUCAUCCUUAAACACUUGAAUAUAUAGUGCAGACUUGUGAAAUGUAUCAGAUGAAAUUCCACAUAAAUGGACAAACCCUGAAAUUAGGGAUGGCAUAGUGUAUUUAGCGUGUUUCCAUUCCUUUUUCUCAUUAGUAUGUUAGUAAUCAAUGGCAAUGGUGCUACGUAAGCAGGCUGAGUAAAUAGCAAGAUAGUUAUAUAAGUGAAGGAAUUUAGGCUUAAUAAUGAAUUUGCCCUAUCCUCAGGUACACUAUUCAACAUUCUCAAGAAACAGAUAUUUUUUAAAUGAAAAGGAAUAGUUUUCUAGACAUAGAAAAACAGAAGGCAGCAGAGAAAUCCAACAUGCAAACUGCAAUCCCACAUUUUAACCUGCCUUUGCAACAUUACCGUUUGCACUAUGGUAAACCAAUGCAAAUAGUUGGUUGCUACAGAUAUUGUUUAAAAACCACUUUGAUAUAACUGACUUGUGUAAUAUGUAUGCAUCAAUAUUUUGUAAAUAAAUGUUUAUUUUUUAAUCACUGUUGGUAUAUGUUCAUCACAAGAAAGAAUGGCUUUAACCUGUACUUUAGUUUAAUAAACAAACCCCAAUAUUAUCUUCAUAAUAAAUUUUCUGGAUUUUAACACAAAUAAUAUGUAGGAACAAUGCAACAAAGUAAACCAUAUGUUGAGAAUUAUUCUACAUUUUAUAUGUUUUUUACAUUGGUAUGAGCCAUCUAGGAUAAAUGAUGGCUGUUGACAUGUUUAUAAGGUUCUUUGGGUUACUGUUUUUAUGGUCAUUUUGAUCCACAACUGAAUUUCCAUAAUUGGAAUGUUAUGUUCAUAAAUAAUAAUGAUAUCACAAAAGAUUGCUAUUAAAUGCAUUUUAUUAUAUUUAAAAGUUUGCAGCAAAGUAUUUUCUGUAUUUGAGUAAACAUAGUACAUGGAUUUACACACAAAUUCUGUACAUUUUCCUUAUAGUAAAAAAUUGUUAAUUGAAAUUAAAAAUAUCUAUUUACUAUAAAGUCCAUUUUAUUUCACAUGUGAAAUAGAACUGAUAAACCAGGUGCUUGUUAAGACAACACAAUCACUGUUAAAACAUCUUCAUGUUAGUAUGAUGCACGUUUUUGUUAUAUUUCAGAAAUCAGUUUUGAAUUUUCCUUUGUGUAAAACCACCCUAAAAUUGCAAAAAUGCUUGAUUUUCUUCCCUUCCUCUUUUAUAUAUUUUCUGCCUCGGUGGUAAAUAUUUUGUAUUGAUUCUUUUUUUACUUUUUUAAAAAAUUUGUAUGUAAGGACAUUAAAACUUAAAGUUUGAGUGAUGAGGUUUGAAAUUUAAAAGCAAACAGAUUUUCUGCAAUUUCUUUUGAAUGAUUAGGAGUUCUGCUAAAGCUGUAUCCAGGCAUCAAGCAGAUGUUCAGCUUCUCCCGCUACAGUUCACCAGAGCAGGUCCCUGGGGCCCUUAAAUACACUUUCAAUUUAGUUUCCCACAAAACACCAUCAGACUAAAUAAAAAAUCUGAAAGCUUUUGGAAUACAGACUCUCAGUGAAGCCAAAAGAAUUAGAAGUACGACACAAUUCCCCUCCUAAACAAAGUAACAGAAUUAAGGGAGAAAUCCUCUGUUUGUUAAAGUAAAUGGCAAAACCUCCACUGGCUUUAACAGAGACCAACCUUUUGCACUCUGACUUUUAACUCGUGACAUUCAGGCACCAAGCAGUGCCAUCCUGCUCAUGUGAACUAUCAAUAGCAUCUCCUUGCAUGAGGCUCUUAAACCAUUCAGAGACUUCCAAUUAACUUCCAUAUACCCUGUAGCUAAACAUUCACUGCUUUAAUUGGGCCAGUUCGUAUAGCAACAGCUGCAAAGAUGCAGCACCAUGGAUUCUGCAGAUAGGGAACAAAAUAUAUUCCCAGUCUGCACCAAAGUCCAGUUACACCACCUGCAGAAUUGUUUAUACUCAUGAUAGGUAAAGCUAAUGUCAAUUCAUUUAUCUCCACACAAGCUGCCUGGUAAUAACUGUACCCUGCACAAAGGCAGUACAGAAGUGAUGGAAUUUUUUAUUCCUGGAAUUAAUGAAAGCAAAAUUAAAGCAAGAAAAUAAGUAGCAUGAAUUCCAAAUAGCAUCUACUCCAACCAGCAUCCCAUCUUGACACUCAGACAAAUUUAAUUCCUUGUAAAUUUUAUGCAGUAUGCAUCUUUUAUAUUUUGCCAAACUUGAAACGAUCAUAGAGCAGUUAUGGCUCCCGUGAUUUAAUAUUGACCUUACAGAUAAGUGGCUCCUCAUGGAAUAUGCUUUGAUCUUUAUUUUAGCUGCUGAAUAGUUCAUUAUCAAUGUAUUUACUGACAAUCAAUUUAAGAUCUCAAUGAUUCCUUCUGUUCUUAUUGUUACAUCCUUUUACUUGCAAGGCUCAGGUCUGAGAAACUUCAGCAGCUUUUUUGAAUACUUUGUACAGCUCUCAAACCUCACUGUUAAGCUGUAUAUUCAGAAUAAUGAAAACAUCCAGUGAGGGAUGAUGUGUGAGGAACAGCAUCAUUUCCUUGCCUGGCAUCCCAAGAAUCCCAACAGGAAUGAACCAGGUAGAGUCCAGCUUUCCAAGGCAGUGUCCAAGUGCCCCAGGAUGCACGUGCACACCUGAAACAGGACAGUUCCUCAUCUCUGUACUGCUCCAGUUCUUCCUCUUGGCUCUACUGCCCAGCCUUUUCCCUCCCAACACGAGCCAGUCCCUUUCCAGCGCCGUUCGACCCCUACCUCCUACC